UAACCUCGAAUUCACAGUUUGAAACAUUUGUUUUUCCUUCAGCAUCUAAUCUCAACAAAGAUUAGAGCUUUGUAAAAAUGGCUAUGUAUACAACUCCGAUAUUGUAUUUGAAUAUGGGUGGAGAAAUGUUGUACGUUUUACAGCAGAGAUUAACAGCUCAGGGGGUUGAUUCGAACAAAAGCGCUCAAGGCCAGUACAUAUCAAAGACAUGGCACGAGCACCAGAUCUAUUGCACGUUUGAUGAAUGAAGAUACUAUGUUUUGGGCGAUGUAACAACUGCAUUAUUAAAUCCAAAGAUAUUAACAACAGUGUUUGAACCAUCGCCACCAACAAGUAUCUCCUGCAUUCGAUCUACCUUGGAAUGUGUAGCUCUCUCAUCAAUCAUGAGAUUGGACAAAGCGAGUAUGAAUAAACUUUUUGACCUUAUGAUAAUGCUGACCAAGUAUCAACUUACUGUCAGCACAGGACCAAGGGAGGUAAUUCUUCUGACUCUAAAUCACAUAGAUGCAAUGCACGAAAUUGUGACGGACGAAAAUGCUCAUGAGUGCAUAAACCUGGUUCACCAGAUGCUGAUUGAUUUGUAUGGCAAUAUGACUAUGGGCCAAGUUUGGCAUAUGAGAAACGAAUGUUUGAAAGUACUUGGUGAUUAUUGUAUAAGGGUCUCAGUUCUCUUGAGACUUGGACUUCAAAAUGGUGACGGGAGUUUCAACAUCAGAUCAUCGGAAUAUGAUGAAAAAUACACUAAGUAUCAGGAUAUGCUCAAUGGUAUUAAGUUGAAUGAUACAGACUGUGAAAACUGUACUAUAGGGUCUUUUGCCUUAUUCGGAAAUCGCGGCACUCUACUAGGAAGAAAUGUCUAUUCUCCAUCAUAUGGGCAGUCGCCCGAGUCCAUUCAGAACAAACUUCAACCCUUGAAGGAUGUUGGGAUCAGAAACGAAUUGAGAAUGCUUGAGGCACAAUUAGGAGUAGAAGGAGCGUGUGGAAAAACGUUCAAUUUAAGCUCAUUUGCAGAGGAUAUUGAUUUUAUUGACGAUCAAACUGACACCUGUAAGAAAGUCGACUCACAAAAUGAAGGUGAAAUGAUUAAUCUGGUUGUAGAAGAUCUGAAGUCGAACAAAGAGUAUAAAAAUACUUUGAGCCACAGAUAUGCAGAUUUUGUUGUAUCUGAACAAGAAUCUAGUACGGACUUACUAGAACUACUUGAUAAAGUAGAAUAAGGAUGAAGAACAAUGAUGAAUGUUGUCAUCUCUAAUCAGAUAAUAUAAAAUUAAUCAUUAUGGAACACAAGACAAA